AUGGCCUCCAGCCUGAAUAAUGCCUUUGUCACUGCACAGAAAAUCUUACCAUCGCUGUGUGCCGUUGGAAUCCCAGCGAAUCUCCUCACCAUCUACACCAUCUAUAGUAGAAGAUGUGGGAUGUCCAUGGUCGCCAGGCUCUAUCUGAUCUCACUGGCCAUUGCAGACACCCUGUGCUUGUUCUGGGGCGCGCUGAUUGACCUGAGCCUGGUGUGGUUGGACCCCAGCCCUUUCUGGCUGAGCUCCCCGUGGUGUGGGCUGGUCACGGUGCUGGAGUAUGGCUCUGUCUUCACCUCCACGUGGAUUGUGAUCAUUUUCACCUUCGAGCGUUACCUGGUGCUGAGGAGUACCCGACCCAGACAGGCCUGCUCCCAGACUAAAGUCACCGUCAGGGUCAUCCUGACUGUCACCGUGGUCUCUCACCUGAUUGCUCUUCCAGCCUACUGGAUCUACAGCUCAGAGUUACUGAAUUCCACCAUGCCCAACCAGACUGAGAAGGUGCCCAACUGUGUUUACAAUCAUAGUUUCUUUUCCACCGUUGUGGUUUGGUUUCACACGCUGGUCUCGGGAGGUAUCCCCUACAUCCUCCUCAUCCUCUUCAACAUCCUCAUUGGACAGCAGCUCCAUGCAGCCUCCAAGAUGUUCACUCAGGAGCAGCUGAGGUCGAUAAACGGCGUUACCAUGCGGAACCUGGCGAAGAAGUCGAUCCUGAUCCUUUUCACCAUUUCCUUCACCUUCGUCCUCCUGACGCUCCCACGCUUCGUCACCUACUGCAUCCUGAGGACAGCCUACAACAGGCCAGACCACGACCGCAACGACUACGGCCAGCUUAUCAACUUCUUUGCGGACAUUGGCAUUAUGCUGCAGUGGCUGAACUCUGCCAUCAACUUCCUCCUCUACUGCCUCAUCAGCAAGCCAUUCCGCAGGGAAUUCUUCCUGGUGCUGACCUGCAGAACUCAGGCUUCCGGUGCCCCCACUUCCAACACCCCACUGAAGGUCUACAGCCUACAGGGUGCCCCCAUUCAACGGCCUGUAAUUGUUGCUGGGUCCUAGGGUUCACCACUGACCAAAGAGUCAGAUGCACCAGCCACAUAAACACUGGUCAGAGGCUGGGUAUCUAGUGGCAAGUGACUCACCUCCCGACACCCCAAAGCCAACUUCUCCACCUACAAGGAAUAGGUCAGGAAAUUGAUGGAAUACUUUCCACUUAGCUGGUUGAGUGUGGCUCCAGUAACUCUUGAGAAGCUGAACGGCAUCCAGGAGAGAGCAGCCUGCUUGAUUGCUAUCACAUCCAUCGCCUUAAACAUUCAUUCUGUUCCUGUGCCUUAUGGUCUGAAUGGCUGAAGCUACGCUGUUAGUUAUGAAAAGCAAUUGUAGGCCUAUUGUGUACACCUUGAGACCAGAGUUUCUACAUUCAGACUCCGGCAAUUCCUUCUGUUUGUCUUUACAGGAACUCAGCCAACCGCACCAAGCAGUUUCUUGUGCUUCUGUGGCUGAGUAAACAGCGAUUUACACUCAUUUGGUUUUAAGUAGAAACUGAAAGAUGCUGAAAUCUGAAGCAAAAUAGAAUGAUGCUGGAGUCGGUCAGUGUACACAGAGAGAAAGAGGAAAGUUAAUGUUUCAGGUCUUGUCUGAAGAUGGCUUAUUUACCCAAACACUAACUAAUCAGGCCUCUGCGAUAUUAUUCACUGGCCCAACAGCAUAUUUCCAGCAUUUUUUGCUUAAUGUACUGCUUUGUUUAAGUUGUGGUAUUUCAUUACUACUUUCACACUGCCACACAUGACCGAUGAAUUUAUUUAUUGCUGAGCUCCAACUUGUUGAGGUUGAUUAAUUUUAACCAGGCGGUAUUAAUUCAGGAGCCCACCCAGCCAAGGACUGUGGUCAUCCCAAAGCACCUAGCAGCCAAUGAAGUACAUUUGAAGCGUUGUGGGAAAAAUGGAAAAGUAAUGUGUGCACAGAAAGAUCCCAUUAACAGCUGUUAAUCAGGACAGGAUGUUAAAGGCUGAGUAUCCUAAGCCAGGACAAUAGAAAGUAACUCCCCAGCUCACAUUCAGAAGUGCAUAAGACCGGGCCUCAGUUUAAUAUUGAGACACAAGGGA